AUGAGCAAGACAACAGACAAAACAUCUCUAGCUGAGGCCUUCAUACAGUUCCAAAUUGAAAUGAAAAGGAAAGAGAUUCAAGAUAUUAAGGAUGAGAUACACCAACUAGAAGAUAAGAGGCAAAAGCUUAUUAAAGUGCAGGAGGAGCUGAGAGAAGAGCAGGCGAAACAUGCGCGGGAACAGCGGAGACGGAUGAAGGAGAUGGAGGGAAACCUGGAGAAAAAAGAGCGGGAAGAUGAAGAGCUGCUGAAGGAAACGACCCAAGAGAAUAUGGAGCUAAAACACAAGCAAGAGAAAGAACUAGAAGAACUGCGCUGUAAGCUUGCAGGGCUGCAGGCGGAAGUGGAAAAACAGACGACAGAACGAGACGCAUGGCUGCAGUACAAGACCGAGGGUAGUAUAAAAGACCAGCAAAAGAUCCAAAAGCUGGAAAAACGAACUGUUUUAUCACAAAUGACUUUCCACGAUAUAUCAGAACAUUUUCAGAAAUCUCUUGUUGUGGCUACAGAAGAAGAACAACAAAGCCUUGCACAGGAUUUGGAGGAAAAAAUUCUGCUCGGAAUAAUGAAAGAAACUGAAUUACUUGAUGAAGCCUGUAUAACAGAGCUUCAAGAAACUGAGUGGCUAAAAGAACAGGUUCCGAUAUAUAUUGACAAAGUCACCGUAUUGGAAUCCAUUGUCCAGGACUUACAAGAGGAGAACCUGGAACACAUAAACGCUCUUUCCCAAAUAAUCGAUUCUCUAAUCGGCGCAGGCAAUGAAUUUCCUGUGCAAUCUGCUAGCUUUGUGUCCCAUGACACUCAGAGUGCGGAUGAGAACAUAAUGAAAAACUGCCUUGAGGAAACAUCAGAGCUGCUCAAUAGAGGCUUGUAUCCCCACCAGACAUUAGCAGAAGUCGAGGAGACACAACAGAAGAGCGAGGAGAUGGCGUCGGCUGGCACAACUCCAUCCACUCCACCUGACAUCAUAGAGAUGUUUAACAGUCAGGCUAAUUUCAUGGGGCCGAUACAUCUGGGUCUGCUGAACGAGAGGCUGCUGUGUGUGGAAGGUAAAGCGUGUCCUCUGCAUCCAUCACAAGACCAGACAGAAAAGUGGAGAGUUACCACAAAGAUCAUCAAGGAUAAGUUUCAAAAGCCUGGAAAAUCUGAUGCACCUGUAAACAACACCUGUGAAAUUCAGCAGUAG